AUGCCGGGACACGACGAGGAGCACAAGGGUGCGGGUAGGCACGAGCACGGUGGCAAGGGAGAAGAAGAACACCACGGAAGGCCCGGACACAAGCACGAGGGAGAGGCCCCCGGUGGUAAGGGGCCCGGCCGCACGGGCGGUAGGCGGGGACACAAGGCAAAGAGGCGCCCCGACGACGACGAAGACACUGACGACGAGGACUCUGAGGACGAGGAUGAUGACGCUGGCGACGAGGAGGAGGAGAAGUGCCCCGGCUUGCAGAGGGCGGGCCGCGUCGCCGCCAAGGCCUGGAAGAAGAGGACAGGCGCCCAGGGAAGGAUCCGGGACAUGACUCCGGCCCAGAAGAAAGAAGUACGGGAGGUGGUGAAAAAGGCUAGGGUGGCCUUCAGGGAUGCUCACGGGCUGGCCCAUGCGUAAACGCGCAUGAUCGAAACGCUCCCUGGUCGGACCCAAAGAGGGCGCGCCCGCUGCCAACAGACCGAACGGCCAGUCGUAGAACGAAACCGGAGCGGUCGAAUUUGUCGGUCAAGAGAGUUUUUGAAAGGCGACCGAUCAAGUUUUCCGCCAGCAGGAUGAGUUCUUGCUUUUCAAGUGGAAACGAACUGUGGGCGUUUUUUUGUUCACGGCGUUUCGUUGGGUGUCGGCGCGAUGG